AUGAACGCCCAAGCUGCAUUCUGCCUUGCAGCUACUUCCCAAGCUCUGACUGUGUUCGCCCUCGGUUUCAUAACCCCGUCAAACCCCCUUCGGCCUGCAAUUGCCGUCGCCGUUACUUGGCUCACCUGGCUCUUCAACGAGUCUAUCCACGAUGCUCUGCAGAGCCGUCUCCAUGUGGCAUUGCUCUCCACCGGAAUGUGGAUUCAGUGUCUCAAGACAUUUGACGACCUCUGUCUGAGUAAGCUGUCCUUUGACCAAGAGGUCGGAACAUCGCCAAAGACGGCUGUCGGUCGGCUUCAGUUCGGACUUGGCAAUCUCUGGAAUAUGCGUGGUGUACGCACAAGCAAACAGAUAUCACAAAUUCCCCCUUGGUCAUACGCCAACCCUCUCGUGCCGUCCCGCGGCCAAGAAAUAACAAGACAUGUCAGAAAUGCAAUCGUUUCUUAUCUCGUCCUGGACGUGUUUGCCAAUCAACCGCCCCCAGACCUCGAGAACAUGAUGUCGCCUCGCAACGAGCAACUAUUUGCGAGACUCGGUGAGGUCAGCACCGAAGAGGCCAUAUUUCGCUUUUUCGCCUCCUUCGGCUUCUGGCUCAACACUUUCUGCGUCAUCCAGCUUAUCAACAGCCUUUUCUCACUGCUGUACUUGGCCCUGAACAUCCACCCUGUCGAAAUGCUACCCCCAAUUUGGGGUCGUCUCUCCGAUGCUUACAGCAUUAGACGCUUCUGGGGUAAUUUCUGGCACCAGACGCUACGACGUCACCUCACAUCCGUGUCAGAGUUACUUGUGCACAAGGUGCUUCACAUGCCAAAGGGGUUCCUCGCUCGUUACUGCAAGCUUAUCGUUUGCUUCUUCAUUUCUGGUGCUUUGCAUUUUCCUGCCGACAGGGCGCUCGGAAUAUCUACACGGGAGUCCAAUGUUAUCACAUAUUUCCUCACUACUGCAUUGGUGAUCAUGUGCGAAGACGGUAUUCAGCAUAUCUCCCGGGGACUGGAGGGAAAUUGGCGUCGGUGCUUUGGAUACGCUUGGGUUGUUUUCUACAUGUACCUGAUGACUCCUUCGUGGGGAUAUCCUGCUGCAAGAGUUGUAAGGCCUCAAGACCAAUUGAUCCCAUUGUCUCUUAUCAAACAGUUUAGAGUUUAG